ACUAGCGGUCGCAACUCUCGUUAAAACACGGAGCUCCGGUAUCGUCAGCUGACUUUCAAUUCUGCCCUCUCUUGCCGAAGAUCCUUCGAUCAAAAUGGCCGCUCCAGCAGCUCCCAAGCCGGUGAAGAGUCCUAAGAAGAGUGCCAAGAAAGCUGCCAGUGAUCAUCCGUCGUACGACGUCAUGAUCAUCCAGGCUGUGAAAGCGCUGAAUGAAAAGAAAGGAUCUUCUCGGCAAGCCAUCGUCAAGCACAUCAGAAGCAACCACAACCUACCGGACAAGGCCGACGUCCGCAUCAAGCUUGCCCUAAAGAGGAUGGAGAAGAAAGGUACCCUCACCCACACCACUGGUAGUGGUGCAGCCGGAAGCUUCCUCGUUGCUGACUCCAAGAAAACUGCCAAAAAGCCCACAAAGCCCAAGCCGAAAAAGGUGAAGAAGCCAGCGGCUGCUAAGAAGUCGGCCAAGUCCAAGACUGCCAAGAAGGCCAAGUCACCAACCAAGACCAAGCCGAAGAAGGAAGCAGCUGCAAAGAAGGCCAAGAAACCUGCUCAGGCGAAAGCCUCCGAGGCUCCCAGUUCCAAGAAGACUGCAGCGCCUGCCAAGGGAAAGAAAGCAUCGGUCAAGAAAUCGAAGUCGUCCAAAAAGGGGAAGAAGUCCUCCAAGAAAUAAACUGGAAACGAUUUUAAUUGCAGACACUAAUGCUCAGUGUAAAUAAUGAUAAAGAGUAUUGUCUAUCCAUUGUGUCAUCUAUAAAUGUACUGUAGUUUGCCGUGUUUUCUACCAAAUCAAAAAGCGGGUAUUUUUAGCAUUUGAAACAACUCGUCGAUAUAGAAUGUCUGCGUUGCACCGCCAUGGACUCGGGGCAACUUCGUUCUGAUGAACGUUGCACUAAUUGGAUUGGAGCGUUACGAACUGUAACUUACAUCCUGGAACUUUGGCACGGUCGACUUCUCAUGUUUAAUACGAAUUUGGUUGGACAACUCGCCAUAGUCGGCGCAAAGAUAAGAGAGACAAAUCUUUUUACAAUAAAUUAUCUGUAUAGUUACACAUGUAUAGCUCAGCUUUUAUGUCUAACUUUAUUUUUUCCUCAAAUGUAUAUCAUUAUAAAAUUGAGUGAUACUGAAUUUGAUGUUUGGCGCAAAAGAUAUAUAUUUACCCAGCUUUAAUGAGAUAUAUGGGAGAAUCGAUUGGGUGUUGUAAUGGAGUACAAUUAGUUAAAUCCCAUGUACGCUGCACCUGUUGUGCAGUCCUAUUGCAGUCACCCCGUACAGACUACCGUUUUUCGUUAACAAACCAACUUUUGAAGAAAAAAAAGGAGAAGAGGGAAGAUCUAGCAGUCACACAAUUACACACCAAAGUUAAGUAUAAAUGAACAUAACUGUCUCGACGUAAUUUUUUUAGUGUGGGGGUGGGAUUGGAAGAACGUGUAUACAAGUGUAAAUAUACAUGUACAUGUAUACGCUAUAUUUAGGCACAGACACCGAAAUGUUUUCAGCUUACUGUGUGGAGCCAAGUUCACUGUUUCCAAUUAAAAUACAUGUAUAUAACAA